CGCACUCGGAGAGCGAACACGUCGAGAAGGAUUUUGAGGAAUCGCAGUCUUCUGCUUUCGCCUGCCUUUUAAAGCUAUGCACUGCACCCGUGGAUGUACUCAGUGUGGCAUGUAUUAGGUAUAUAUAUGCACGUAAAUACAUCGUACAUCAAUAUACACGUAUAUAUAGAAGCGCUCCAAGUAUAUGUGUGCGAGCUGCUGCUGUGCGCGAAGUUGGCGUGUGCAGUGUGCUGCACGAGAGCUCGCGAGCGCGUUUGCCUUACAACUGUGUGGUGCAUCUUGUACUUUUGCGAGUUCAACACACACGCACAUUACAUGGACAACGUUCGUUUGUACAGUUUGUAAUUAGCUCGAUUCGUGAUUUCCGAUAAACGUGUUCAACGCAAUACAACAAUCCUCGUAAGACGUAUUAUUAUAUCCUGCAGGCGCCCGAUCGCGAGGUGAGCUAGCCUGGAGAGUCUUCGUCGCGAAAACGCGAUCCCGUCACGAUGCAGUGCAUGGCGAAUUACGUGCACUCUUCUCGCUGCCGUCGUCGCAGCUAACUACUCUCGAGUGCGCGAGGCGCAUCACCGUCGUCGUCAUCUCGCUGAUUUUCGUCAAUUGUGUAUAUGACACGCGUGCUCUACACUGCACGCAUGUUGUGUCAGUCGCGACUCGACGACGAAUCGCACUCGGAAUGCGUUGAUUAGCUUCUGUGUCAGCUAGUUCUCGACGCGAUCGACCGAGCUCGCGGGCGCGCGAGCCCUGGACACAUAUUUAUCUCCGACGUCGUGUACCGUGUGAUACGUGCAAUACGAUAUAGCGCAAUAGUUGAUAGGUAUAUAAGAGAGUGCGCACACCGCCCUGGCGACGAACCAUCGCAAUCAGUGGGCAUUGCAAUAUAACAAAAAAGCGUCGGAGCCUCGGAGUUCGGCAUCGUUGUAAAGCAUAAAAUAACAAAACGCCGAGUAGCAACGGUCGAGUAGGCAGAAACGCCUACUGCAAGAGACGUCGUCGGCGGAAGCAGCUCGCAGCGGCGUUGGUGCAGCAGCAACAACAUCAUCGCCGAGGACAUGCAGCAGGUCCGAGCGCCACCGACGUGGCCGCAGCCUCCUCGAGUUGUGUCGUCGUGCUGGACGCGUCGUGCAGCAAUUACAUCGCCGCCGCAGCAGCAGCAGCAGCAACUCGCAAUAAUAAUAACCCAACGAGCAAUUCAGCAAAUAAACAAUCAAUGCGAAAUGCUGCAACCUCGUCGUUCGCAUCAGCAGCUUCUUCAUCGUCGCCGUCGUUGCCGUCAACAUCAUCGUCGUCGCGUCAUUUUUUGAGGACGACUGUAGCAGGAGCAGCAGCCGCCGCCACCAACGUCGCCGUUCCUCCAAAGUACUCCAUGACUUCUGGACGACGCAAAAAUCUAGAUCACAGGAUGGUUGUCAAUUUAUCAACUGCCCAAGAGGGCAAGGUUAAGAAGAAAAGAAAAAAUAUGCAACGGUCAAAAAUGAAUCCUACUACUUCAGUAAAUAAUAUGACACCAAAAGAGCUUUGUGAAAAUGAUGAUUUGGCAACUUCAUUGGUUUUAGAUAGUGUUUUAGGCUUUACAACUCAUAAAAUGAAUAUUAAGUACAGACCGCUAAAAACCAAUAGAGAAGAACUCAAAAAAGUCAUUGAGGAAUUCCAAGAAACACAAAAUUAUGCAAAAGCUUUUAAUAAGUUAAUGAGUGGAUUGCCAAAAAAUAAGUCAAAAAAACUGCAAAUGAAUUUAGAAGCCCAUAUCUAUAGGUAUUUACGGGUAUUUGACAAAAAUUCUGGAUUUGCCAUUGAACCCUGUUUUAGAUAUUCAAUUGAAGAUAAAAAAGGUGCAAAAAUUUGCGCUACUAAGAAAUGGUUAAAAAACGACAGAAUUUCUUAUCUUGUUGGUUGCGUAGCAGAACUUAGUGAAAAAGAAGAAGCUGCUCUUCUUCAUGUUGGAAAAAAUGACUUUUCUGUCAUGUUUAGUACAAGGAAAAACUGUGCACAACUUUGGCUUGGUCCAGCAGCUUAUAUUAAUCAUGACUGCAGGCCCAAUUGCAAGUUUGUAGCUAAUGAAAAAACUGCCUAUGUUAGAGUGUUGAGAGAUAUUAAAGAAGGUGAAGAAAUAACUUGUUUUUAUGGGGAGGAUUUUUUUGGAGAUGGUAAUUGUUACUGUGAAUGUGAAACAUGUGAAAGACGAGGCACUGGAGCUUAUAGUGAUAGAAAAUCAAAAGAAGAAGAAUCUGCAGGUUAUAGGUUGCGAGAAACAGAUAAUCGAAUUAAUCGAAUGAAAACUACAAAACAAAGAGUUUCAGAUGCAAAAAAUAAACAGACCAACACGUUAAGUGAACGUAACGUAGACACAAAUGAUGAAGCAGUUGAACCACAAUCUCUUAAUAUGAAAGAAAUGAAAAGAAAAGGGCUCACGAAAUAUGAUGCUGCGCUUCUAAUGGCUCAAGGUUGUCAAUUUUCAGAUAUUUCUCAGCAAACAGCUCUGUUAAAUAAUGAAGAAAAUACUGUUCAUGAACCAGAGAGUUCAUCCAAUUUAGCAAUGAGAACACUCAGAAAUAAGAAUCAAGCAAAAAAGACUGAAAACAACAAUUAUAAUAAUAUGAAUAACAACCAUAAUAAUUCGAAAGGAGUCAGUAAUUUAAAACGUUUACGAACUUCUAGGUUGGAUGGUGAAACUGAAGCUAAAAAAUUUAAAACAGAUGGAAAUAGUGAUAAUUUCAAUGAUUCAAGUCCAUUGUGUCACAGGAAAGAAAUGAAUAAGGCAGAUGAGAGAAAUGAAAAUUGUGUUAUUACAAAUUCAAAGAAAAACGCUAACGAAGUAAAUUUUAGCAGUGACUCACAAAAUAACUUUUUAUUUAGUGAAAAAGAUAAGAGUACAAAUUCUUUGAGCACUAAUCAAUCUUAUCUAAAAUCAAUCAGCUCAUCAAAUAAAGUAACAAUGAAUCAGGACUUGAAUAAUAGUUUAAGUAGUUAUCAGUGUGGCGACGAGAUAAAAGAAAUAAGCAAACCUUACGAUAGAUUGUAUCCUAAUUUGAAUGGCAUGAAAUCUCCAAUUCAUGGCAAGACUCCCCAAACGUCUCCUUUUUACGAAAAUAUUAAUUUUGACAAACAAGAAUCUCUACAAGGUUCUACUGGAGAAUCUAUUGAAACAAAAUUUGAUAAUAAUGAUAAAGAAGUAUUGUCUAUGGAAUCUUUAAAUGCUCGUUCAUCUAUCAUUGCCCAUAAUACUGAAUCUAAAAGUCCUGAUUGUGUUGAAAACUGUUCUAAAGAUCAUAAACUAAACCAACUUGAAAAUAAAGUUGGCGAACACAUGAUUGAAAAAAAUCAAGAAAAAAUUGAUGUAAAUGAAUCUACUCAUCAUAGCAAAAAUUCUAUUGAUGAAAUAGAUUUAAAAAAAACCGAAGACAGCCGCAGUUUAACACAGAAAAGAUUUUAUGAAAAUACACUACACAUGAAAAAAAAAUGUAUUAAAAAGUCUUCACAAAAAAUUAGGGAAAAGAGUAAAAAAGGAAAAACUUGGGAUUUAGCUAAUAGAUGCAAUGUUAGGUUGACAAGGAGUCAGAAAAAGGAUUGUCAGCAACCAGCUAUAUCAAUUGGAACAGCAGAUGAUGAUUCAGGCAUUCAAGAUAUCUAUGAAUUUAAUGAAAAGGAAAGUAAUCUUGAUGAAAUUAGUUUGCCCAAUCGUGUACCACACAUACGAGAUAAAUAUAAUGAAACAAGAGAAAACCAAUCUUCAUCAAAUUUGCUUGUUGAAACCUGGAAUGGCUGUGACAACCCUCAAUCUCUUAAUGGAGUUAGCAAGUACAUGAUUAAAGAUUCAGUUAGCCAAACAGAAAUCAAUGCCACGACCCAAGCAGUUGAUAUGCCGUCCAAUUGGAAUCGCCAGACACCGCCUAGGAAUGUAGAUAAUAAAGUCAACGUUAUAUCACCAGGUCGAGUUAAAUUAACGCUACGCGUAAAGCGGUCACCGAUACUUGAUAACGUUGUCGGUACUGGCAAUGCCGAUUUAACAGGAUCAGAAAUGCCCGAGUACGAGGUUUUGCGUGUCGAAGGAGUCGAUAUACCAGACAUGCCAGUAAGUCAAUCUCCUCGCAAAAAACACAAAUCCCGAGAUCGAGAAAGACGACAUAAACGGCGCGAGCUUGUGCCUGACAUGGCACCUAAAACAAAACGUCUUAAAUUGAUUUUUGGUAACGAAUCCCGUACUAUCGAUUUGCCGCAGUCCUAACGUCCAAUUUUUACCCAAAACGAUGCUGAGUUGUAUCAAAAAUCACUCCAACUCGACAGCUACUCAUGGUGUAUUUUUAGUUUAACUCUGCUUCUUUUCCCCGUAUGUGUGAUAUCGAAGAAUGCAAUUCCGAUCUUUUUUAAAAGCUGUAUUGAGAUCGGAUACAAUGUUGUGAAAGAAUUUUUUAUACUUCGUGUAAGAUUAUUUUUUCUAUUAUUUUUUUUGUAUCUGAAAAGUUUUUAGUUCUACAAGUAGAGAAUUUUUUUUAAAGUACUAGAAAGUUAUUUUAAAUUGCCAUGUAUUUUCUGACAAUGUAAGUACAAUUGCAUAACCUCGAUAAUUUUUUCCAUCGAAUUGCUAUCUGUACUCCAGUAAAGCUGAGUUUGUUUGCAAAAUUUAAUUAAAUUAUUAUAUAUAAUACGCUCAAAAAAUAUCGGCAAAGUAAAAAUUUCUUUAGGUCAGGGAUCAGGAUUUUAUUUUUUACUAUAAAUCUUUUUGAAAAGUUGGAUAAUUAUUGUACAAGUUGUAGAGUUCAUUAAAAUGUACAUAAGUUUGAUAUAUGAAAAAUCAAUUUCAAAAUGAACAUAUUUCAAGUGUAGAGUAAUUUUUUCGCAUAUGUACAUGAAUUUCAUUCUAACUAACAGCGAACUUCAAGAAAAAGAAUUUAUCCAUGUGUUAUUAACUAUGUUCGUUCUAUUUUAUAACAGAGUAGACACUACUCAAAAAAUCUCCUUAUAAAUAAUAAUGGAUAACAUGCAUUGAAUUAGAUGAUCACAAUUUAAACAAAAAAUGCUAUUUUACGCAUUUUAACAUCAAUUUUAGAGCAUUAAAACACAGUAAUAAUACUCAAAAUUGUCAUUAAUUCAAUUACUAUUAAAACAAAACAGCUCCAGAUAUCGUGGAGUAAAAAGCAUUUCAAGAACGUUACGAGAAUUUCACGAAUGACAGUUGAGGUGUUGAUGAAUUCUAUCAAAAUGAUCAGUUUCUAGUUUGGAAGAUCUUAUGUCAUCAAGAGUAACAAUGAUAAAGUAGCAUUCUAUAAUGGUAGGAUGACGCAAAUUACGAUUGAAAGCGUGAAACUGUUCAUAUGAGUGAAAAAUAGAAUACACAUUCGUACAUAUACGUAUAUAUUUAUAGACAAAUUAUAGCAAAGGCCAAUGCAAAGAAAAAAUCAUUGCAUUGAUUAAGAAAUGUAACAUACUUUAGAUAUAGCAACGCCGAUAUAGUAAAAGAAAAUAAAACGCAAUUAGGUUUUGGAGAGUAUAAAAUACUGCGGUAACUUCUCAUAAUAAAACAAACAAAAAUUGUGAUACAUAAUAAUAAUAAUAACAUUAUUAUUAAUAAUAAUUACAAUAAUAAUAUGAUUAAUAAUAAUAGUAAUAAUGAUAAUGUUUUACUAUGUUAUAAUUGCUAAAAUUGCUCUUACUCUAAAAGUUCAAGAAACUUAAGUCACAAUCGUCAACAAGAGUUGUAUGAAAGAGCAAUUAAUAAUAUGAUAUAAAAUAUAUCGUACAUUUUUACGUUGACGGCCGUAUUAAAGGCUUCCCUAUUGGGUGUUGUUUCAGAUGUGUAAAAAAGAGAAAAGAGAAAAAAAAUGAAUGCUAAGUGUUUCUUAAUUUUUAGCUACAGAAUGAGAGUGAAACUUAUCGUUGUCGUGAAUGACGUGGGAAAAACAAAGUUGUAAGAAUAUUAAAACGUUACUACUGCGUUACAUUUUGGUGGCACUUUAAAAUUCUGUUUAAAUAAAAUUUAAAAAAUUGUCAUUGUUAGCGAAUUUUGAAGUGAACAUUGUGUAUGUUGUUUGGUUUUUAUAAUAUAUAAACCUUUAUUAUUUGUCAAAAAAAUGA